AGAGGGAGGGAAGGAGAGGGAGGGGAGGGAGGAUCACUGGGCUCCGCCAGCAUGCAGGGAUCAGUAGCAACAGAAUGAGAAAGAGAGAGAGAGGGAGGGAGAGGCUGGAGCGCUAAAGGGUCGGAGCAGAGCGCACCGGCAGACUUUAGGACUAUCGGAGAGAGACAUGGAGAACAAGCACGCGGACUAAAGGGGAGGACAGGAAAAAGAACAAACCUACGAUGCCCGUGGACGCCGUCCAACUCAUCAUCUGCGGGCCAUCGGUUAGAGGCCGAGAGAAGCCUCCACUGUGAUGUCCAAUCAGUAGUAUCUAAUCUUGUGAGGAGGUCAUUAAAGGAAGAACAUUGAGAGUUAAAAAUCGUAUUGGAUAUUGACUUCCUGUCUCCAGCAUUGACACACAAACCCCCCUCACACUACCUCACAAACCCACUACUUCAUUUGGCCAACAAAAGCUGGAUGCAUUCUGGGUUUAAAUUGGGUAUAAUCCUGCAGACGUUAGCUGAUGUUACGGCCCGCCUCCAUCAUGUUCAGCUCGUCUGGGGGCUGAGCCAACCUGCGGAGGAUUAUGGGCAGGAGGGCGGCCGACCCAACCAAUCCAGUGCCCGCGCUGGGGGUUCCCUUGGCAGGGGUGCGAUGGGGGCCGCUGUGCAGUGUCGGUGUGCAAACGUCUCCCGGACUGCGGACUAUAGCCUCCAUCAAACGACACGGCAGCCAACCAGCCGACACUCAACGGCCACACACCAUGGCGACGGGCAAAACGACGUCAGCGGGGAAACCGGGAGUCAUUGGGAGUGACAGCAACAGUAUGCCAGUGUCCAAGGAGAGGUCGCAGAACGAGAUCAACAGCCUGACACAGGGCAACAUGGCGUCACAGGGGCCGGGCAGCCGGGUCUACUGCCAGGUCAAAACAACAAACCCCACGGACGCUAGAAACAAAAGGACAGCUAGGUUCACGAAUGGCAGCGUGGUGGCCUCCGAUGCAGUGGGAGGAGUUUGCAGCGAAGGGGAGGAGCCGGCCAUAGAGAGGAGGAGGCUUCAGUCUCUGCAAGGAGAGGGCCAGCGCUCUGUGCUAAAGUCCGGGAGCGCUUGUACGACCGUUCACGCCACCCCGCCGCGGCCCUGUCGGAUGAUGCCGACUUCCCCACCCAGCCUUUGUGGCACGUGUGGGAGGAGGCGGUCGCAGAUUACACCGUGCACAGGCGCAUGUCGCAGGAGGGCUGUCAAUCAAAUAACAGCCAGCCAGACUUUACCGAAUCCGCCACGGAAACCCAACAAGUCCAGAAAAGGAUCCGCUGCGGACCCUCAGCAAUGCACCAAAAACACAGAGGCGGCGAACCCCCCCACGUGCGCAUCGGCGAAGGCUCCUCCAGCACCACAGCUUUCACACACCAUACCAAAAACACACAGCUCCCACUCCAACCCCACAUCAAACAACCAGAGCAAGUCCACACAGCAGGCAAGGCCGCAUUCGGCAGACUUUACUCAUUACAAGGACUCAGCCACGCAAACAACAGACUCAAAGGUGCACAACAACACAGACACGAACACAGCUACCACGCACACGCAGCACCCACAAACACCACCUGCGGCACCUGCCGAGUCCCGUUUAAAGGACAAACAAAAGUGCGACUCGGCCGACAGGCGGUGCGAUGAAGCGCUCACACACCCACACGCGUCGGUCUCGAUCCCUUCUAAACAGACAGCUCCGGUCCUUCACGGUGACUUGAAGUCGACCGACACUACCCAUGCUCUCCCGCCGAAAUGCUCUCCGAAGCCUGCUCGUUCCAAACCGGCCACACCUGUAGCACAACCCAAAAACCCUCAGGACCCCACACACACGCCUAAACGGGCAUCCUCGGAGCGGAUCAAACUCAAGGACUACGCAAAACUGAAGAGCAAAUCGUUUGAGGACCAGGCUCCGCCCUGCAGGACUCAUGUAAAAGCACAAUGCAAUGGGGCGCCGGGUCGGACGUUGUUUGGACCGGCGGGGAUGGCACCACGCGGGCUGGAGAGCCAGCUGCAGAGUGUGGAGGAGAACCUGCAGUCCAAUCAGGAGAAGAUCAAGGUGCUUCUCAACGUCAUUCAAGACCUGGAGAAGAGCAAGGCCCUCAGCGAAGGUCGCAGCUCGUACAGAACGGGUCAGGACAUUAACAACUGCCCUACCUGCCAAAAGACAGCCUGCAUCAUCUACAGCGUAGAGCAUGAUUUCCGACAACAGGAGGGACGUUUCCAGGGGGUUAUGGAGGCCUUGGACGGGGAGUGUGAGGUACCGGCACCCACUCCGACCAAGCCCGCCUCACCAGCCUCACAAGCCUCUUCCUUGCCCAGUCGGCCCAGCGCCAGGGCCCGUGUCAAGAAACUCCGCAAGAAGUGUUUCUGGUGGCUGUAACAUUUAGAAACACGUUCUAGCCAUAUGAUGAACGCGUUAUGGGACACCAAAGGCCCAACAGUAAGAAAAACAAAGAUUUUCUCUCACGGGCCUGUCGGGGUGCGUGGUGUGUGUUUAAGUACCAUUGGAGCCGCGGCGGCGUCCUUUGCGUCCCAAUAAAUGGCACUUCUUCCACAUCCUGG